AUGUCCAGGGCGGUCAACAGGUCAGUCGCUGAAGCUUUGAGCAACGGCGACCCAACGGCAUCCUACGAGGCGAUUUCCGAAGCCUUGACCAGACACGGAGACCAACAUGGCGAACUAUUGGAGAUCGAGAUCCUUGGGAAGAGCCACCCGCUUGAGCCGGGAACAUUUCUGUUACAGGAUGGAAAUGCCAUUGCUAUCUCCAAGUAUGGUCUGGUGCAGGCCUUCUUUGUUGCUCGGAAAAUCCUUCAGCGCCACCUCAGCGCAGAGACCAUCUUGUCGUCUGACGGGCUCCUGGCUGUCACGAGCGUGGUGCUAUUGAUGGACCCGGAGCACUUGACGGCCGCAAAUGCUCGCAAGAGGCUGGCAGUAUCAGCAGGAACCAAUUCUGAGGGACGUCUGCUGGAAGCCAUCGAGAAGGACAGGUUCUUCGUCGACAGCCUGCUUACCAGCCGCCUUCACAGACACACCAAGUCCCCGACGUUAUGGAGUCAUCGUCGGUGGCUCAUCGAGACGGCAGCACGUCGCGGCGUGCAGCAUAACGUCGCUAAAAGCUUGGAGAAGGUGGUCAUGGUUGCUGGUCAGAGACAUCCCAGGAAUUACUACGCUUGGUGCCAUGCCCGGUGGUUGACCACAAAUAUCUCGGAAGGCCAGGUUGGCCACGAGGGUCGUUCCCUCGAGAGUUUGUUGCCAUUGACAAAACGUUGGUGCUUCCGGAAUCACACCGACAUCUCCGGCUGGUCAUAUCUGUGCUUCCUGCUCGCGAAGCUCGAUGUUGCCGAGGCCUCGUCUGUCCUUGAAGAGGCCGCGGGGCUCGCGGUCUCGCUGCAGUGGACUAACGAGUCGACGUGGGUCUUUCUACGGACGCUGGCAGCAUCGGAAUCCAUGGGAGGGAAGGAGGCCAAGCUCUUUCAGGGCACUAGGGAUGCUUUACUUCAAAAGACCGGGGGCUCUGAAGGGGCUCGCUCGCUCGUGAAGGCUCAAAUUUGGUUCGAGGAAAAUCGGCACCGCUCUUGA